AUGGCUGAACCCCAGGAUAACGAGGAGGAUCUAUUUGCCGAUCUGUACGAUGCCGAUGAGUCUACGAAUCGCACGACGUCGGCCGUGGAAGCCCCAGCACCCGAACAAACGACAGCCCCUGCGCUGCCCACGGAAGCCGCUCCGUCCUAUGAAACUGCCCCUAUUGACACCCAGCCUGUCCAUAACGUGUCGCAACCGUCUGGAUUCGACGCGGGUAUUCACAAUGGCUCCGGCCAAGAGACUAGCCUGGUCAAUCCAAUGGCCGCUGCCCCUCUAGACAACGAGUCCCAGGGGACGGGAAUCAAGGAAGACGGGAAAAUGUUCAUCGGUGGCCUGAACUGGGAGACUACAGACCAAUCUCUGCGAGACUAUUUCUCUCAAUUUGGCGAGGUCCAGGAGUGCACGGUGAUGCGCGACAGCGCUACUGGACGCUCGCGUGGCUUUGGUUUUCUUACCUUCCGGGACCCCAAGACAGUCAACACAGUCAUGGUUAAGGAGCACUACUUGGAUGGUAAAAUCAUUGACCCUAAGCGAGCUAUUCCUCGGGAUGAACAAGAGAAAACAAGCAAAAUCUUUGUCGGCGGUGUGAGCCAAGAGGCCACUGAACAGGACUUUAAACAGUUCUUUAUGCAAUUUGGUCGUGUGGUGGACGCCACGCUCAUGAUUGACAAAGACACAGGACGACCUCGUGGAUUCGGCUUUGUGACUUUCGACAGCGAGGCUGCUGUCGAGGCAGCCUUGUCGCGGCCCCUUGACAUUCUGGGUAAGCCAAUCGAGGUGAAAAAAGCCCAGCCCCGCGGCAACCUGCGAGACGAUGAUGAUCGCCGAGGCCGUCGAGGCCGGGAUGGAUACCGAGACAUGAGCCAGGGCGAUGGAGGCCAGCAGCAGCCGGGUGCGGCGCAGGGAAUGCCUGGGGGUCUCACUCCGCAGAUGAUGGCACAGUACUGGCAACGGAUGCAGCAGUAUUUCGUGAUGAUGCGCCAACAGAUGGCCGUCGCAGCCUCGCAGGGCCAAGGAAUGGGCGGUGGCAUGGGCCUGGGUGGCAUGAACCCAGCGAUGAUGCAGCAGAUGCAACAGAUGCAAAUGCAGCAGCAGAUGGGUGGCAACCAGCAGCAGGGCGGGAUGAGUCCCAACCCGCAAAGCCCCGGCUCGCAGCAAAACAUGCAAAACAUGAUGAACCCGGCCAUGAUGCAGCAGAUGCAGAACCAGAGCCAAGGUGUACAAGGCCAGAUGGGCGGUGGUGCCAAUGGACCCGGUUACAAUGCCCAGGAACAGAUUGCGUUCGAACAGCAAAAGUACGAGCAGCAGCAGGCUCGCCGCGUCGUGGACAACCGUGCCUUCUCGCCAUACCAGCAAGGCGGGCCUACUUCGUGGGAGGGCAUGUACGACGAGGUGCCCCAGCCCAAUAUCCCCACUGGACCCCAAGGUAUGACCCGUGCUGGAAGUAUUGGGAGCAGCGGAUCGACUCCCCAGCCUCAGAGUGCUGCCCCAGCCAAUGCCCCCACGGGACCUCGAAACGCCGGCAAGCCUGGCGCCAACUACCGUGGCGGUGGUCGAGGAGGGCAUCGCGGAUUCCACCCCUAUUCUCGCGGUUAG